UGAGCAGGAAUGUUAUAUUUGAUGAAAGCCAAGGCUGGAGCUGGAAUAGAGAGAUACAACCUGUAUUGACUCAACUGAUUUGCGAAGGAAGUGAUGAUGUAUGAGAAGACUUAGAUGCUAAGGCAGAAGAUGGGACCGAAGAGUCAAAUACUUCAUCUGCAGAACAACUCAACAGUCCACAGACACCACUAACCACCAACACAGAAGCUGAGUCUGACAACAAUGAAGAUGAGCCUCAAACACCAAUGUAUCUUGAUGAUUAUGACUGCAGUUUUGCAGAUGCUGAAUUGUUUGCUCUGGUUGUAGUCUCUGAUGACACAAACCUAUGAGCAAGCUGUAAAAGAUUCAAGGUGGAGAGCAGCCAUGAAUCUUGAGUUUGGAGCUAUUGAAAAGAAUCAAAUUUGGGUACUUCUUGAUCUACCUCCAGGAGUUGUACCAAUUGGCAUCAAAUGGAUCUACAAGACUAAACUAAGGGAGGAUGGUUGCAUUGGCAAACCUAAAAGCUAGGCUGGUGCCUGGUGGCAAAAGGUUACUCUCUGAAAUUCUGAGUUGAUUACAUUGAAGUUUUUGCCCCAGUUGCUCGAUGGGACACAAUCAGAAUCAUCCUAGCCUUUGCUGCGUCCCAUGGAUUGCCAGUGUAUCAAUUAGAUGUAAAGAGUGCCUUCUUACAUGGGGAGUUGGCUGAAGAUGUUUACAUUGAGCAAUAACCUGGCUUUGUGGUCGCUGGGGAGGAAAAAAAGGUUUAUAAACUGCAGAAGGCACUCUAUGGCUUGAAGCAAGCCCUCAGGGUUUGGUACAACAAGAUCGAAGCUUACUUUCUGGAAUCACGAUUCGAGAGGUGUACUUAUGAACACACACUCUUCAUCAAGAGAGCUGGAAGCAGUAUAUUGAUUGUAAGUCUAUAUGUUGAUGAUGUCUUGUACACAAGUAACAACUCUGAAAUGGUGGCACAAUUUAAGAGAUCAAUGGAAUUAAAGUUUGAUAUGUCAAACUUGGGGAAGAUGAGGUAUUUUCUGGGAGUAGAGGUGCUACAGAAUGAUGCUGGGAUAUUUAUUUGCCAGCAGAAGUAUAUUAAAGAUCUGCUAGAAAGGUUUCAGCUGUCUAACUGCAACUUUGUGAGAAAUCAUAUUGCACCUGGUCUGAAAAUGUCUAAGGCAGGAGAUAGAAUUCAAGUUGAUGCCACUGAGUACAAGCAGCUCAUAGGGAGCUUGCUGUAUGCCACAAGGUCUAAUAUCAUGUUUGUUUUGUGCCUUCUCAGCAGGUAUAUGGAGUCCCUAACAAGGUAGCAUCUACUUGUUGCAAAGAGGGUACUUAGAUAACUAAAGGGCAUUGUGAGUUAUGGAAUCUAGUACAAACGAAUGAGUGAAGCAGAAGGCCUUCUGGGGUAGACAAAUAGUGACUAUGCAGGGGACAUUGAUGACAAAAAGAGCACGAGUGGUUGUGCCUUCUUCUUAGCUGAUGGAGUUAUAUAUUGUCCAUCAACGAAACAACCUGUUGUUACCCUUUCCAAAACAAAAGCAGAGUUUGUUGAUGCAUCAUUCUAUGCUACUCAAUGUGUGUGGCUGAGAAGGAUCUUGGAAGGGAUAUAUUUUAGCACUUGUGUGAAGGGGAGUACGAGGAUUAUGUGUGACAACAACUCUGCCAUCAUGUUGUCCAAAAAUCCUGUGUUUCAUGGGAGAAACAAACAUAUAGAUGUUCGAUUUCACUUCUUAAGGGACUUAUCAAAAGAAGGAGUGGUGGAAUUGGAGCACUGUGGGACAUAUGAUCAAGUUGCUGAUAUUAUGACGAAACUAGUGAAGCAAGAGAUAUUCGAGUUGAUGAGAAGCAAGCUGGGAAUGUGUGAUGUUGAUAUGUUUGAUGACGCUGGGAAGUGAAGUGGAAGGAGGCUCCAGUUCAGGGGAGGAAAUGUUGGAAUCUGAAUUGGAGCAUGAAGAUCGAAGGCAGAAGCAGUGGCUCGAAGGAAUCAAAGACGCGAAGAGUUUGAAGCUUCAAAUAAACCAACGUUGUGUCGUUUGGGUAUUUGUCAGUUUUAGUCCUUUUUAGUUUAUCUUGUGUCAGUAGAGUCCAGUUCGUGUGUUGAACUGAUCAACAACUUUCAAGCUUAGUUUGGUAGCUAGUUAGCUAGUUUACAAGAUGAUGGAGUUGAGGGAGGCCGGAUUCACGAGCUGGAGAUCUUGUAUUUAUGUUGAACUUAUUUCAUUUAAUAAAACUUCGCCAUAUUACAAUACAAAGAGUUUUAACCU